UCAUUUUCACUUUCUGUCCCAUAAUCUAAUCUAAUCUUUUCUAUACAGCUUUUGCCAUCUCUCUCUCUCUCUCUCUCUCUCUCUCUCUCAGGAAGGUUUCUCUGUCUCCGAAUUCGAGUGCAAAGAAUGGGUCAGAUCCAGUACUCUGAGAAGUACUUCGACGACACCUACGAGUACAGGCAUGUGGUUCUCCCUCCUGAAGUCGCCAAACUUCUCCCUAAGAAUCGACUUCUCUCUGAAAACGAAUGGCGUGCAAUUGGGGUACAGCAGAGCCGGGGGUGGGUUCACUAUGCAAUCCAUCGACCAGAGCCACACAUCAUGCUCUUCAGGAGGCCUCUGAACUAUCAGCAGCAACAAGAGACUCAGGCUCAGCAAAUCAUGGUUUCUAAGUGAAAUGUCACUCUCAUUGCCUUUCUUGUCCCUCUUAGACAUUACUACAUCCUCAUUUCUGCUAGAAAUGAACUCAUAAUAGGUUUUGAAGUUGGGUACUUUUGAAACUGUGUUGUUUGGGUGCUGUCUGUUAUACAAUUCUCUCAACUGCGGAGAAUUGACGUUGGUUGUAGUGGAAUUCAACACUUGGGUUUUGUUCUUAGUUACUGUUUGAAAUGUUUUACUUCUGGUGCUUGUGUUUUUGUGUGGCCUA